AUGCCCUCGAGCAAAUGGCCCGUAACUCGCCGGCGUCUGGUGGAGCGCGCCCGAAGGCCCCGCGCGGCGCUGGCGUCGCCGAGACCCCAGACCGCAAAAUACACGGUUCUGGUGGUCCAUUCCGGCGUUCUGCAAACCUCGCACCUCGGGUCCUCGGCCCUGGGGGCUCUCGUCGUGUACGCCCGGCCGGGGGGCCCUCACAAUGGCCGGUCCCCGCCCGGUGGCGACACUGUGCCCGAGGGCUCUCCCUCUGCUGGAAGACGGGACCGGCGCCGGGAGCACCAGGAGGAGGCCCCCAAGUGA